CCCCACCCCCCACAACAGCUCGUCUACAUACAUACAUACAUACAUACAUAAUAUAUCUAUAUCUAUAUCUAGAGAGAGAGAGAGAACAUGUGGGAGAGAAAUAUCAGGGGAAGAAAAGAACCCUUCCACUGUCUCUCUGUCGAAGAACAAAAGAAAACAGAAAUUUGGGUAAAGAUUUUGAUUUGGAUCUAAUUUCCAGGUGGGGUUUGAUUUUAUUUAAUUGUUUGCAAAUUUUACUUAAGAGGGAUUUGAAAUGAAAAUGGAAAUAAGGUGUGGUGUUGUUGUGAUGGUUUUUUAGUCCCCUAAAAAAAGUGUCACAAUCUGACCAGUUUGAUCAUUACUCUCUUCCCCAUUCCAUAAUCAUCACUUUGCUGUUCUACAAAGGUACAUACACAUAACAUACACUCUUCUUUCUUACUUUCUUUCUCUACCCCACUUUCAGAUUUGAUCUCUCUCUCUCUCUCUCACUCUAUGUUUCUUUAUUAGUAUUAGUUUUGGUGGGCUUUCUUGCAACUGUUGGUGGAUCAAGAAAAUGGUGCAAAUUUGUGGUACUACCAAUUGAAUUGGUGUUUUUAUUGUUGUUGUUUGGUGAUCUCUAUUUUAUCAGUUUGUCUGUAAGUGGGGUUUGAGAUUUUGUUUGGAGAUUCGAUUGAUGGAAUCAUCAUCAAGAUUUGUGUGUAAGGUUUGCUGCAAGAAGUUUUCAUCUGGGAAGUCAUUGGGAGGGCACAUGAGGUCCCAUGUUGUCUCAGGGAGGAAGAGAUCUGUGUCUGUGUCUGACUUUGGAGGUUAUGUCCUGAGGGACAAUCCAAGAAAGUCUUGGAGAUUUAGGGCUAAUUGGAAUUGCAAUUGUAAGCAUUGUGGGAAACAAUUUCAGUCUUUGAAAGCCCUUUAUGGCCACUUGGCUUCACAUUCACACAGGCCUUCUGGUUAUGACAAUGAUUCUUCCAUGGCUGUGGCUAUGGAGGAGUUAGGCUGCUGCUGUUCGGACACACAGCAGCCUUCUGAGGAUGUAGGGAAAAAAAUGGUAGAUGCAGAUGCAGAUGAUGAUUAUGAUUAUGAUUAUGAUGAAUCUUCUUCAUCUGUGUCUGAAAUUGAUGGCCAAGAAGUGGCUGUGUGCUUGAUGCUCUUGUCUAUGGAUUACGGUGCGGUUUCGGACAAUAAUUCCGUUGUUGCCGCGGAGCCGAAUAGGUCGAAAACUGGUAAUAAGGAUCAAAAUUCAGAUUCUGAUGACUCUGCUUAUUUCUUGGAUGAAUGCAGCAAGGCAGAGUCCGAGGUUUCUGUCGAUGUCAUUAAGGAAUGUAAGAAGAAUCUUGUCGGGGCUAGAAAGGACAAUGCCGGGGCUAGAAAGGACAAUGCCGGGGCUGAAUCCGGUGGAAGUUCUAUCAACAGAGUUGCAUUUUCUUGCAUCAAUGGCAAAAGGGCUCGUCCAAAAGUCAACGAAUUCAGACAGGGGAGUGGCGAGGACACCCCCGACAACGUUGUUAAGCGAUCCAUCGGUGGAAAAUCUCGCGGUUGUAAUAAUAAGUCCCAUGAGAAAAUGAAGCUCAACAAGAACGAGCACGAGCACGUAUGUCCCGUAUGCAAUAAGGUGUUCAAGAACGGACAGGCCUUAGGCGGGCACAAGAGAUCGCAUUUCGUUGGUCAUAACAAUCCGAGCCCAAGAAUUGGUCGGGAUUUACUCGAUCUCAAUCUCCCCGCGCCCGAAUCGAUACAAUGAGUCCACAUUGUUGAUAUGCUUCUUGAAUUGAUGAUCAUGGAUUAGUCCCGACGCUCGGUUUGUGGAUUCGGGACGAGGAUUUUCGUCGUUGUUGUCGAUAACUUGAUCACCAUUGGAACAAGAGAGUAAAGUAGUAGUAAGGGAGGGAUGAAUGGAUGGAUCAAAGUUGAAAAUUUUCAUAAAAUGUAGGAAAGAAUUGGUGAUUGAUAUUACAAUGUAGUUUAGUUCAUUCUUUGAUCCCAAACAGCUCUGUUGUGUGUGUGUGCAACAAGACAAUAUUACACUUGUUGUUUUGUCCCCAUCAUAUUAUUUUUAUUAUGUUAUUGUUAAUUAAA